AGAUACCUAGCAUGGUCGGGCUGUUGCGGCUGCCUUCAACCACCACACGUCCCACCAAAGCAAUCAAGAUGGCCUCCAAGACCCCAGUCCUGACCGACAAGGCACCCAAGCCGCUGCCUGGCAUUUACAGCCAGGCCAUCAAAGCAAAUGGCUUUGUCUUUGUGUCCGGCGCCGUGCCUAUGGACGCGACCACGAUGCAGAUAAUCGAUGGUGAUAUCCAGGCCCAUACGCACCAAUGCAUCAAGAAUCUGACCGCCAUCCUGGAGGAGGCCGGUUCGAGCAUCGACAAGGUCGUCAAGGUCAACGUCUUCCUGUCCAACAUGGACGAUUUCGCCGCCAUGAACGAGAUCUACUGCCAAUACUGGGGAGACGUCAAGCCCUGCCGAACCUGUGUGGCCGUCAAGACCCUUCCCCUUAACGUCGAUGUCGAGAUUGAGUGCAUCGCCACCUACUAGGUGGCGCUCGGAGUGAGCCUGAAGGAGUUUAACAGGCAAACCUAACCAACCAGGUUUUACAAACGAUGGCCAGCCCAAUUCGUACAUAAAAGCUUGCCUGCCUGUUCAAUUUUAUUUCAACUUCAAUCUUCGUUUGCCUGGGCGGCAUGCUCGUUCUUGCCAUUUCCGUUUUUUUGCGCGAUACAAGCGCUAUUUUUCAAGGCAAAACCACUGCCCCCAAAUCUGGUUGAUAGUGCAUCCCACCUAAUGCCGUGCUGAUAGAGUAAUAGCGGGGACGGGGAAUGGAUUCCCUCACCAAACCUAAACAAGGAAAGGUCGAGGGAAACAAGCAGAGCGGAGCAACUUGCAUGUCACUCCCGUAAUCCUAUCCUCCUCCCAAAGAUCUACCCUUCAAGCCCAAGUAGUCCGACCCUGUCCCCUCCCGUGUCCGGAUCCAUCAUCCAUUCCAUUUCCUUGGGCC